AUGGAAUAUAAAAGCAUCGAUUUUGAGGAGCUCAAAAAAAAAGUAAAAGAAGAAAAAAUAAACCAAAAAAAUAAUGAACACAUAGAAUGUAGCAAAAAUAAUAAUUUUGUAGAACGAUUGAGAGAUCAAACAAAUGGAAAAUAUUUUGAAGAAUCUAAUAAUGGUAAUAAUAACCUAAAGGGUGUUAUAUCCUCAUCCUUAAAAAAUAAUAUAACAUGUAAAAUAAUAAAUUCAUUUUAUAUUUAUAAUUACAUACAACUGCUAUUAAAUGAAGGAAGUAACAAAAAUGUAUACAUAUUAGAUAUUCGAAAUGAAGAAUUAUUCAAUCAGGGUCAUAUUAAAAGCAGUAUUAAUAUAUAUAAUAAAAAGAUGAUGAUACAAAUAAAUAAAGAAAUGAUAUGUAAAGACAAUUUAAAAAUUAUCUUUUAUGAUCACAAUAAUAUGAAUAAUAUAUAUGAUGAUUGUAUUAAUUUAUAUAAUAUAUAUUUUUCAAAUAUUAAAGUAGAUAAUAUAUACAUUUUAAAAGGAGGAUAUAUAGAUUUUGAAAGAGAAUAUUCUUUCUUGUGUGUUAAUACAAAUGUUGAUAUAAAAGGAGAAGUUUCUUCACAUAUAUAUAAUAGUAGUGCAUAUAUCAAUUAUCCUAUAAAAAUGUUUGAUAAUUUGUAUUUAGGAAAUAUUAUUCAUAUAAAUAAUAUUUUUAUAAAUGAUUAUUUGAACAUUAAAUAUAUUUAUGAUUUUACAUCAACUGGAUUUGUUAUAAAAAGAGAAAAUAAAGAAACAAGAAAAAAUAAUGAACUUUUAUAUUUUAGAUAUAAUGUAUAUACAAAAACCUUUGAAAAUACAAAUUCUUUAAAUAAUGAAUCUAUUAAUUAUUACAAUUUUUUAGAUAUACAUAUGAUAUAUGAAGUGAUUACUUCUAUGAUAAGUACAAAUGAAAAUCAUAUAUCUCAAAAUAAUAAUAAUAAUAAUAAUUAUUAUUAUUAUAAUAGUAAUGAUAAUGAUGUAAUAUAUAAUGAUCAGAAUAAUAAUGUGGCUUUAUAUACAAACCAAAUAAAAGACAACAAUAUGUCACUAAUAACACAAAAUAAAGAACAGUUAAUAUAUCAUAUAAAUUCUACACAUAAUAACAAACAAAUUAAUAUGAAUAAUCAAAAUAAUAUACUUAUUAUAUGUAAUCAUGGAAUGAAAAAUCCUACAUCCGAAAAAACAAAUAGUAUAAGUCUUAUUAUAUGUAUGUGCUAUAUUAUGUAUAUAAAGAAGUAUAACCCUAAUUUAAUUAUUGCCUAUAUGUUAAAGAUAUAUAAUAACUGGAGUAUAAAUUCGCAAACAAAAUCAUUUUUAGAAAGUUUCUAUCAGUCCCUAAUUAAGUGUAAUUAUAAUUUACAAAAUUAUUAUUCAAAAAAAAAUGUAUGUAAUAAUAAAGAGGAACAAAUAAAUAUUUCAACAAAUAAUCAUAAUCAAAAUGAAUCAUUAUUAAAUAUUAUAACAAGUGAUAAUUAUAGGAAAUUAUUUAAAAAAUAUGAAUUAAAUAAAAGUUAUAUAUAUUUACAAAAUGAUGAAAAAUAUGUACUAAAUAUCAAACAACAACAUAUAAUAUUAGAUAUAAAUAUAAUAAAACAACAAAUAAAUGAUCAUGAUAUGAUAACAUCUUAUGAAUAUGUAAUAAUGUCCCUAUUAUUUUAUAUAUAUAAUUUUGUAACAAUAAAUUAUGAACAUAUUUAUGAAGUCUUACAAAUUAUUACACUUAUACUAAAUAAGAAACAAAAUUAUGAUGAUCAACAUUUUUUGAUAUUUCCAUAUAUAUCAUUAGUCAUAAUUAAUAUAUGUAAAAUAUUAACAUACAACAAAUUUGAAAACAAUAUUAUUAACAAUAUAAAUUCAGAAAAUUAUAAUAAUGUAAAUUAUACUAUAUUUCAUUUAAUAUAUAAAUGUAUUAUUAUAUGUAUUGAUAUAUUAAUAAAUAAUAAUGAUAUAUCUAAUCAUAUAAUUAAAGAAGAAUUUCACGUUACGUGUUUAACAAACCAGGACUAUAUAAAAAAUAAAAAUAUUGAUCAAAAAUUUUAUAUAAUAUUAUUAUCAUUAAAAUAUUUUCUUAUAACACUUUUGUAUUUAUAUCUUAAUCCACACAUAACAAAUACGAGAUUUUUAAGUGUAGAUGAAAUAUUCCAUCUAUUGAAAAAAAUUGAUACAUUUUCAGACUAUUAUUAUUCUGUUUUUCAAAUAAACAUUAACUUAUUUCAGAGUGAAAAUUAUGAGGCAAAAAUAUGUUCAGGCGAUUAUUUGCCCAUAUAUUUUUCGGAUAUAUUAAGGCCAUUUAUAGUAAUAAAUAAUUACAUAAACUAA